AAAUUAUUAACCAAUUCGAUGGAAAACGACGUAGUUUAAACAAUAACUGGCUUUCCAUCUUCGUCGUACACGCCGGUUACCAAAAAAAAAACUUGUAAUCUCUCUCUCUCUCUGUGUUGUUCUGUUCAAAGCUUUUUUUUUUUGUUUUGUUUUCUUCCAAAUUGUGCUUUUAAAGUUGGGAAACCCAAAGUCAAGAUUUUUUCCCAAUAAAAGUUUAAUUCUUUCGUUGAAUUUUCUUUCACUAUCUUUCUAGUAUAAUUCUUUCUUUCAUUCUUCUUUGUUAUUAAUGGCUUACCCAAAUUUGUGAGCUCUCUUUCUUUCUCCUUCUUAUUUCAUUCUCCAAAUUUGUGUGUUUUCUAGGGUUUUUGUGAUUUGUGAAAGCAAUGAAGAAGUCUAAACUCGAGAACUCUGUUUCACAGUCAAGAUUCGGACUUGUUCAGUUCUUAUUAGCUCUUCUUCUCUUUUACUUCCUCUGCAUGAGCUUUGAGAUCCCAUUCAUGUUUAGAACAACCGGUUCUGUCUCCAGUUCUGAUGACGAUGGUUCCUCUGACUCGUUACCGAGACAUAUGGUUCUCGGUGGUGGUAAUAGUAAAGAAGCAAAUUUGGUUCUUGGAGAAGAAGAAGACCCACAUCGACUUUUCAAGGAUCCGGGUCGGGUGGGUCGAGUCCCGGAGCGGAGAAUGCGAGAGUUUAAGUCCGUCUCUGAUAUUUUCGUCAACGAGAGCUCUUUCGACAAUGGCGGAUUCAGCGACGAGUUCUCAAUCUUUCACAAAACAGCCAAGAACGCGAUUUCGAUGGGGAAAGCAAUGUGGGACGGACUCGAUUCGGGUUUAAUCAAACCCGAAGAAGCUCCGGUUAUGACCCGGAUUGAGAUAUGUCCUGAUAACGUUACGGUUACCGGGUCUGAGUUUGUGAACCGGAGCCGGAUCUUGGUUUUGCCCUGUGGGUUAACGUUGGGUUCUCAUAUUACCGUUGUGGCGACGCCGCAUUGGGCACACGUUGAGAAGAGUGGUGAUAAGAAGGCUAUGGUGACUCAGUUUAUGAUGGAGCUGCAAGGUUUGAAGGCUGUUGACGGUGAAGAUCCGCCUCGGAUUCUUCAUUUUAACCCGAGGAUUAAAGGUGAUUGGAGUGGGAGGCCUGUGAUUGAGCAUAACACUUGUUACCGUAUGCAAUGGGGUUCAAGUUUGCGUUGUGAUGGUCGUGAAUCUAGCGAUGAAGACGAAUCUGUUGAUGGAGAGGUGAAAUGUGAGAGGUGGAAGAGGGAUGAUGGUGGUGAAGAUUCUGAUAAAUCGAAGAAGACAUGGUGGUUGAAUAGGUUGAUGGGUCGGAGGAAGAAGAUGAUGGCACAUGAUUGGCCAUACCCUUUUGAUGAAGGGAAGCUUUUUGUUCUUACACUUCGAGCUGGGAUGGAAGGUUAUCACAUUAGUGUUAAUGGGAGACAUAUCACGUCUUUCCCUUAUAGAACCGGGUUUGUUCUUGAGGAUGCAACUGGAUUAGCAGUGAAGGGGAAUAUUGAUGUGCAUUCUGUCUAUGCUGCCUCGUUACCCUCAACAAAUCCGAGUUUUGCUCCGCAGAAGCAUCUGGAGAUGCAAAGCAUUUGGAAAGCUCCUUCGUUACCUGAAAAGCCUGUUGAGUUGUUUAUCGGAAUUCUCUCUGCUGGUAACCAUUUUGCUGAGAGAAUGGCUGUGAGGAAGUCAUGGAUGCAGCAAAAGCUAGUCAGAUCAUCCAAAGUUGUUGCUCGGUUCUUUGUGGCAUUGCAUGCAAGAAAGGAAGUCAAUGUGGAUCUUAAGAAAGAAGCAGAGUACUUUGGUGAUAUUGUCAUAGUACCGUACAUGGAUCAUUAUGACCUUGUUGUGCUCAAGACGGUUGCCAUUUGUGAAUAUGGGGUUAACACAGUGGCGGCCAAGUAUGUUAUGAAAUGUGACGAUGAUACAUUUGUGCGAGUGGAUGCAGUGAUCCAGGAAGCAGAAAAGGUUAAGGGAAGAGAGAGCCUUUAUAUUGGAAAUAUUAACUUCUACCAUAAGCCUCUGCGCACUGGUAAAUGGGCUGUGACAUUCGAGGAAUGGCCAGAAGAGUAUUAUCCUCCAUACGCAAAUGGUCCGGGUUACAUCUUGUCAUAUGAUAUAGCUAAGUUCAUCGUUGAUGAUUUUGAACAGAAAAAAUUAAGGUUAUUUAAGAUGGAAGAUGUGAGCAUGGGAAUGUGGGUGGAGAAGUUCAACAAGACUAGACCAGUGGCAGUGGUUCACAGCCUCAAGUUCUGCCAGUUUGGCUGCAUAGAAGACUACUUCACUGCUCAUUAUCAGUCGCCUCGCCAGAUGAUUUGCAUGUGGGAUAAGCUGCAGAGACUCGGGAAGCCCCAAUGCUGCAACAUGAGAUGACAUAACGUUGCUUUUUUUGCCGGAUUCUGGAAUUUUUCGUUAGAAAGUAAAAUGAAGAAGCAGAUGGGAAGAUUAUGGAGCUAACUGUUUAGAUCUCUGUAUAUAUAGAAACAAUAUAUAAUGUAUCUAUAUAUAUAUAUAACAUAAUGAAGAGCUCUUGAAAAUUUGACUGAAAUGUCAGAUUGUU